CGAGCUUCCAGGGAUCAUCACAAGCCUUUGGACAGACAGGUAUGAAGCGGCCACUGAGCCCAUCUCCCCCCGGUGAGAAGGAGCCCCCCAUUCCUGGAGCUGCUGCUGAGUGCCCCCCUCACCCGCUGGAAGCACCGAAGCCCAAGCGGGAAAGAAAGCGGUCUUCGUACACGCUCUGCAGCGUCUGUAACAUCCAGCUGAACUCAGCAGCGCAGGCCCAGGUGCACUGUGGGGGACGGGCCCACCAGCGGCGGCUGCGGCAGCUCAGCCUGGGGAAGGCGCCCCCGGGGCCAGCAGGCCCCGCCUCCAGCGCCCUCAGCCCCCUGCUGGCCUCCCUGCCCCUGCCUGCCCGGCCUCUGCAGCCCCCGCUGGACUUCAAGCACUUGCUCGCCUUCCACUUCAAUGGCGCCACCCCGCUCAGUCUCUUCCCCAACUUCAGCACGAUGGACCCGGUCCAGAAAGCUGUCAUCAGCCACACGUUUGGGGUCCCCUCCCCUCUGAAGAAGAAGCUCUUCAUUUCCUGUAACAUCUGUCACCUGAGGUUCAACUCAGCGAACCAGGCUGAAGCACAUUAUAAAGGCCACAAACACGCCAGAAAAGUCAAGGCUGUGGAGGCCGUCAAGAGCAAGCAGAAGCCACAAGCCCUGACCCAAGAUGGGGCGGUGGUGUCCCCGACCCCGACUCCAGCCAGUGGAGCCCCUGGAGAGCCGCAGAGCACAGCAGCCCCUCCUCCGGAUCCCUCACACCAGCCACCACUGACUCCAGACCCCACGCUCAGGGAGCCGGCCCACUCGGACCUCUUGGACACUGCUUCCUCUUCCUCUUCUUCCUCCUGCCCACCCUCCUCCCCAGAGCCUGGGCCGGAAGCACCUGGGCCGGAGCCAGCCACCGCUGCGGUGGGGAGCAGCAUGAGCAGGGAGGGCAGGACUGAGAAGGGGAAUCUCUAUUGCCCCACGUGUAAGGUGACUGUGAACUCCGCCUCCCAGCUGCAGGCUCACAACACAGGGGCUAAGCACCGGUGGAUGGUGGAAGGGCAGCGAGGGGCUCCCCGAAAGGGCCGGGCCCGCCCGGGGCCCCGAGAAGGAGGGGCUGGCCACAAAGCCAAGCGUGUGACAGCGGUCCGGGGGGCGCGGCAGGGCCCCAGCCCCCGUUUCCACUGUGCUCUCUGCCAGCUGCAGGUCAACUCGGAGACCCAGCUCAAGCAGCACCUGAGCAGCAGGAGGCACCGAGACCGCCUGGCCGGGAAGCCCCCCAAGCCCUCCAGCCAGCAGGGCAAGCUGCAGAAGCACGCGGCGCUGGCUGUGAGUAUCCUCAAGUCGAAACUGGCCUUACAGAAGCAGCUCACCAAGACGCUGGCAGCCCGCUUCCUGCCCGGCCCGCUCCCCACCACCGCGGCCAUCUGCGCCCUGCCGGGCCCGCUGGCCCUUCGGCCGGCCCCCACCCUCUUCCCCGCUCCGAUCCUGGGCCCCGCUCUCUUUCGCAGCCCAGCGGGAGCCCUCCGCCCCGCCACGGGACCUAUCGUCUUUGCCCCCUAUUAGCACCUCCUGAAGAGGUCGGGGCUGACUUUUCAGAAGCUGUGUCCCUGCCUCUUCCUCUUUCCGCCC